AUGGAGAAAGCACUAUCUAUCCGAAGAGAAGACACUUUAUGUGAAAGAAAUAGAACCCUGGAAUCACACACUUCGGCACCCACCUUCAUCACGAAAUAUAACCAUCAAGCGCUGAAAAUACAGAAGAUUUUGAAAAAACACUGGGAAAUCCUGAAGAGUGACCCAACCCUUUCCAAAUUCCUUGGUCACCAACCACAGAUCAUAUUCACAAGAGCCCCCGAUCUCCAACUUACGUUGGCAUCCACCAUUAAAUCCCCUAGUACUACCAGAG